CUGUCACCAUGGAUUAUGAGUUACCUAAGAUAUUAUCCUUUACCAUGCCCUUUAUUCUCUUCAUGAUUUUGGCACUCAAAAUAGGGACCAGUCUCAAGAAAACUGGGUCAUCUCAAAAAAUACCACCAGGACCAUGGAAGCUACCUGUCAUAGGAAACAUACACAAUCUUCUUUCAUCUGCACCACACAGAAAAUUAAGAGACUUAGCCAAAAUAUAUGGUCCUUUGAUGCAUCUCCAACUUGGGGAGGUCUUCACAAUCAUUGUUUCCUCACCAGAAUAUGCCAAGGAGAUCAUGAAAACCCAUGAUCUCAUCUUUGCAUCAAGGCCUACACUUCUAGCCUCUGAUAUAUUGUCUUAUGAAUCCACAAAUAUAAUUUUUGCACCCUAUGGAAACUAUUGGAGACAGCUUCGAAAAAUCUGCACAGUGGAGCUUUUCACCCAAAAACGUGUCAGCUCAUUCCAGCCAAUAAGAGAAGAAGUACUGACCCAUCUUGUCAAAAUGAUCGAUUCACAUAAAGGGUCUCCCUUGAACCUCACUGAAGCAGUGCUUUCAUCUGUAUAUAACAUCAUGUCAAGAGCUGCGUUUGGCAUGAAAUGCAAAGACCAAGAGGAAUUCAUAUCAGCGGUGAAAGAAGCUGUGGAAAGUGGAUCGGGUUUUAACAUAGGAGAUCUGUUUCCUUCAGCUAAAUGGCUUCAAAUUAUUACUGGUUUGAGGCCUAAGCUCGAGAGACUGCACGGACAAGUUGAUAGGAUAUUAGGAGACAUCAUCAGUGAACACAAAGAGGCAAAGUCCAAAGGCAGAGGAGGCCAAGGUGAAGCAGAGGAAGAUUUGAUAGAUGUUCUUCUAAAAUUUCAGGAUGGUAAUGAAAGUAACAAGGAUAUUUCCUUAACUAUUGACAAUAUCAAGGCUAUAAUCCUGGUGAGGAUAAUCUUCAUCCCUUGA